CAGUGGCGCCACGAAUCUAUGUGAAUACGUGAACCUCAAAGUUGUUUUCGAAGGUGACGUGUGCUGUAUACGGUUAUCCGUAAAACUUUGCCCGAAAAUUAAGUUGAAUUAAGUUCUAACUUCAUACAAACAGCACCGUAGUGUAUAUAAUCAUGUUAAAAUACGGAGGAAUAUUCCUCUUGCUCUUAUGCGUGCUCGAAUAUGGUACGGGGCUCUAUUUUCACAUCGCUGAGACGGAACGAAAGUGUUUCAUCGAGGAGAUUCCAGACGAAACUACUGUAUUAGUUAAUUACAAGGUUGAACUGUACGAUCCGCGAACCGGCGGAUUCGCACCGAGCACACCAGGCAUGGGGAUGCACGUGAAAGUUCAAGAUCCAGAUGAUAAAAUGAUCUUGUCGAGAGUAUACAGUUCGGAAGGAAGAUUUUCCUUCACUUCGCAUACACCUGGUGAACAUAUCAUAUGUCUAUAUUCUAACAGCAGUUCUUGGUUCAGUGGUACCCAAUUGAGAGUACAUCUGGACAUUCAAGUCGGUGAACAUGCUAUAGAUUAUGCCAAUACGGCACACAAGGAAAAGUUUUCAGAGUUGCAGCUGAGGAUACGUCAGCUUCUUGAUCAAGUUGAACAAAUAACGAAGGAACAAAAUUAUCAAAGGUAUCGAGAAGAACGUUUCAGGCAAACAUCUGAAAGCACGCAUCGCCGUGUUCUGUGGUGGUCACUGAUUCAAACAGUGGUUUUAUUAAUCAUGGGUGCGUGGCAAAUGAGACACUUGAAGAGCUUCUUUGAAGCAAAGAAACUAGUAUAAUAUAAAAUGUCAUUUUUUGUCAUCUUUGUAUGAUAUUCUCAUUGUAAUUUAUUUAUAAUAAAACGAAUGUCAAGAAAUGAU